AUGGUGAUCAUCAUCAUGUCCUAUUGUCCACACCUUACACCCGUCCUACCUACGGAAUGUCUUCAAGCUCUCACAGCUUCCCUAAUUGUCUUGCUCUCCUCAGUUCCUAUGCCGGCCAUACCUUUCUCGAAGAUGGCUAGGCCUCCAAAGCUGAAAGCUAGGAUCCUAAUACCAAGGGAUAGUCAACGCUUCAUCUCAUCCCAGGCAAACAAGUCUCAAGUUUCCAGUGCUGAUACUCAUGCCGAGGAACAGUCUCAGGCCGAACGUACAAGCGACCCAUCAAGCAGCUCAAAGACCGCUAGUAGACCAGCCAUAAACACAGGCAGUGCAAAGCUCUUCGUCGACGCUUUCCUCGAAGAAUCCUCUUUUUCAAACUCCAACACAUCCGAGCGGGUGGCCCGUCUUGUCAAAUCUCACACUCAAGAAGCAAACUGGGAUGGUGAGGAAAGGAUACAAGAUGCAGUACUUCGAAUGCUUGUGGAUAAAUACAAGCCCCUUCGAGGUCCUACUGUAAAGAGUGCAGAUGAGAAGUUGAAGGAGAGAUCACCUGUCGUUCAAUCAUCUCCUCCUUCACCUUUGCUCCUCUCAUCUACUUCGGCGUCGGCAUUUGGGCAGCCUUCCUUUGGCCAAUCUGCAUUCGGCCAACCGUCAAAACCUGUCUCUGCGUUCGGUCAGCCUUCACAAACGACUUCGGCUUUUGGACAACCAGUCCCGACUACUUCAGCAUUCGGACAACCUGCACAAGCUUCAACGUCGGGAUUCGGUCAGACUUCACAACCGCAAUCGUCCUUUAUAAAGCCUGCAACUGGCUUCGGAAGCAGUGCUGGUGGAGGAUUCUCUGCAUUCGCUGGUGGUGGAACUUCUGCCUUCGGUGCUGGGGCGCAACAACCUCAAGCUCCUGAUUUCGGACAAUCAGCGUUCGGCGGUACUGGGACCAAUGCUGCCGCAGCACCAACAACAUCGGCUUUCGGAACUCCUAGUGCACCAUCAGCCUUUGGGCAGACUUCUUCAUCUGCUUUUGGUCGGUCUUCACAGCCCGUAUCUGCAUUCGGCGGGGCUGGAGCUGGAACAAGUGGUUUUGCUGCAGCUGGUUUACCACCAAAACCGAAAGUUGGUCCUCCGGAUUUCGCAGCAGCGCUUGCUGCAAUAAAGGUUGAGCCUGGGAAUGACAAACAUGAUGGGCUAUUGCCACGAGAUUACGCGGACAAGUUACCUGCAUCUGUGAAGGAAGCGUUUGCCGCUCCGCGCUUUGAGUGGGGGAAGAUACCUGAGUGGGUUCCACCUGUCGAUUUCCGUUAGACUUGUUUUCGUUAUCUUCCCCCUUUUUUGUUUCGCUAUAUCUUUUGAGCAUUUGUUUGAUACCACCCAAUGUACUGAUAGUAUUUCUC